CUUGCUUUCCGGAUCCGUGCAUUCCUAUCCGUUUCAUCAUGACAAUGACAAUUUUCCAAUCCUUCGCAGCUCUUUUGCUCUUCGCUGUGUGCCAAUGCAAAGGCCACAUACAUCUCGGUGAGCUGGAUGAAUGAUGCAGGGCUGCACGGAACAACAUGCAUGGCUUGAAUCCCUCGUCAACGUUUUGUGCCUUAAAAAGGCAAACUAGAGAGAGGCGGCGCUGGGGGUGGCGGCACAUGCAUAGACCAGGAUGAAGCGCUGGAGACAUACCAGAUCUACAGGCGAUGCACAGGGACACAAGGCGAGGGGGAAAACGAAAUCACUCGGACCUGCAUUGUUGUCCAUCCUGCAUCAUGGUCAUGAUGUUGGCAGACACAGGGAGAUCUUGCGGCGAAGUGAACGUCGAGGCCGGCGAGACAGUCCAAUGCCAGUGCGGCUACAACAAGGAUGCCCGUUUUGGCUGUCAGGUAGGCAGGAGGAGCAAAAACAGCCACAACUGGGCCUCCUACGUGGCUUUCUUCUUCCUGCGUGAGCAGAGGAUUCCGGACCUGAGCGAGAAGCCGUCGCAAACGGUUGAGACGCCGGCAGCGACGCAAGACAACGAGGCCCAGGAGAAAGUGCCCGCCGGCCCUGUCGAGGCAGAGGCAGAGGAGCGCGAGCACCCACGACGCCCGGCCAAGCCAAAAAGGAGAAGCCCCACUACCUCCAACCCACCAAGUCGUCGUUAGCGAAGGUGCAACAGGCCAAGAACAAGGGCCGGCGGGCUGAGGGGGAGUGGGGACCCCUACUUCUCGAAGUAUGGGUCGCUGUCCCAGUGAUUCAUCGUUGCCUUCGAGGUGGCAACAUGCACACAUGCGUGCCACGUGGAGACACGAUGCACAUGAGAACGAAAC